AUGCCCAACAACGCUGUUGAAAUUACUACUAUUUGUUCUGACGUCGAAAACUCACAAUUUAAAUUGGAAAGCAUGGCUCCAGAGGAAUCUGUCGAAUCCAAAUCUAUCACCCCGGUAGCAGUUCCACCACUAUCACAACGUCGUUCGUUACCAAGAAUUAAAAUUUUAGGUACAGGUGGUACCAUUGCUUCUAAAGCUGCUUCAUCUUCCGCUACAGCAGACUAUAAAGUAGAUUUGACUAUUCAGGAUAUGUUAGAAGCAAUUCCUGAUAUUUCACGUAUUUGCGAAGUUGAAUAUGAACAACUUUGUAAUGUUGAUUCAAAGAAUAUCGAUGAAGAAAUUUUAAUGAAAAUUUAUAAUGGGAUCUCUGAAUCUUUACAAAAAUUCGAUGGUAUUGUCAUCACUCAUGGUACAGAUAGUUUGGCAGAAACAGCUUUCUUCAUUGAAAGUACCAUUGAUGCUGGCGAGGUACCAAUUGUCUGUGUUGGUUCAAUGAGACCUUCAUCCUCUGUAUCUGCUGAUGGUCCAAUGAAUCUAUAUCAAGCUAUUUGUAUAGCAGCAGAUCCCAAAUCUAGAAACCGUAGUGUCUUAGUGUCUUUAAAUGAUCAAAUAUCAGCAGGUUAUUAUAUUACAAAGACUAAUGCUAAUAGUUUGGAUUCAUUUAAUGUCAGACAAGGUUAUCUAGGUAAUUUUGUAAAUAAUGAAAUCCAUUAUUAUUAUCCACCUGUUAAACCACAAGGUUGCCAUAAAUUUAAACUGAACAUUCCAAAAUCUGUAAAUUCUUUCGAGUUUCCUGAUGUUUGUAUUAUUUACGGUCAUCAAGGUAUUACUUCUAAAUUAUUAAACAUGGUAAAAGAUCAAUACGCUGGUAUUGUGAUUGCUACUAUGGGUGCAGGUUCUAUGCCUGAUAAAGUUAAUGAGGACUGUUUAAAAGUUGAUAUACCUAUUGUAUACUCAAAGAGAUCUAUGGAUGGUAUGAUUCCAAGGGCAAAUUUACCUAAGGAUGCUAAUGGAGACUCUCAUAAUUGUAUUGCUUCGGGUUAUUUAAAUCCAGAAAAGAGUAGAAUUUUAUUACAAUUAUGUCUUGCCUGUAAUUAUUCCAUCGAUGAAAUGAAACAUGUCUUUAGAGGUGUGUACGGUGGUUAA